AUGUUUCAAAUAGGAAGCGGAGAUAGGCGUGUUGACGAAAUGAUUCGACGGGUGAAUACUGUAAAUGAAAAGAUGGCUUGUAUGCGAGAGUAUCAGAACAUUAUGAAUACAGUGAAUGCUUUUACCAUCAAUGGAUCUCGAAGAACGGUCCUAUUGGAAGAGUUGCAGAGGGAAAAUAGGCAAAUUUUGGCAUAUCACGAAGAGAAUCGCAAUCUCAGAGAAGCUAUUGAUGAAUCGAUGGAGACUCUUGCCAAGGUGAUGGCUCGACAUCGUAUGGUCAUGGCUAGAAUGAACAGGAUGUCGAAGCAACCAUCGUUCAAGGAGGUCACCAGCAUAUUUCCUGAUGAACGUGAUAAUUCCACAAAAGACAAGGAACGGUUCAGAAAGCUUGUAUCUGAAACGUCAAGCUUCAUGAAAGUUUGCGAGGAUUCGACAUCGAAUGACCUGCAAAAAUUGUCUCAGCUUCUACAAGAAAACCAAGUUCUACGGGAAAUGCUUUCAACGGCGGCGAUUUCGACUCCUGGCGUAAAACAUGUAUUCACUCAAGCAGUGACAGAAUUGAAGCAGAAAAUGACCAACGGCAUCGCUUCUGACGAGGACAGCGGCAGUGACACUGAUGAUGGACACAACGAAACUGCAAUUGAGAGGAAAGUGGAACGGGAUUGA